GUUCAAUUAGGUGGGAGUAAUACAGUGGGCGGGAGUAGAGGACUAGAAAAUGGCGAUUCCGAUAUUUUUAGAAGUGUUUGCUUUUAAAAAUCGUAAACAGUUGUAUUAAAUACAGUAAAUUUGAGUUAAUUAAUGAAAAAUAAAUUCCUAAAAUAUGCAAGGUCAAGAAGGCCUUUCUGGGUCUUCGGACCACAGAUUGGCUCUGAUCCAUGAGAUGAGCGCUCAUAAUUUUGACCUUAUAAGAUUCGCCUCUUACAGAACUGCCACAAAAUUGAGAUUCAUACAAAAAAAAGUGAGCUUACACGCAGUGGAUAUUUGGAAUGUGAUAGAAGCAUUUCGAGAACAAGGUUUACACGCCUUGGAACCUUCCCAAGAAUUGAGCGUCGCUCGUCUGGAAACAUUGCUUUGCUCUCUUUACCACAGUUUGAAUAAGAGGGCCCCACCUACGCAACAAGCACACGUUGACGUUUGCGUUAGCUUGUUGCUAAAUUGGAUUCUGGCAGCUUAUGCUACCGUUGAUAAUGUUGGAAAAAUUAGAGUAUUUUCAAUAAAAGUAGCCCUCGCUACUUUAUGUGCCGGGAAACUCAUGGACAAACUUCGUUAUAUAUUCUCACAAAUAUCCGAUAGCAACGGAUUACUCCUACAGUGGAGGUUCAAUGAAUACCUUCAAGAGGUAUUAGCGCUUCCGGCUGCAGUUUACGAAUCACCUACUUUCAAUUAUACGGAUUCUCUUGCCAAUACAAUUUUUAAUCCGAAUGCCAAAGUUACCGUUAAUGAUUUUUUGGAUACCAUGAUGUUUGAUCCCGGACCUCCUGCUCUGGUUUGGUUACCAUUGUUACACCGUUUGGCUAAUGUCGAAAAUGUUAUUCAUCCAGUUCAAUGUGACGCUUGCCAAAGGGAAAAUUUCACAGGAUUCCGGUAUAGGUGUCAGAAAUGUCCCCAUUAUACCCUUUGUCAGGAUUGUUUUUGGAGAGGACGUGUAUCUUCACCCCACAUACUCGAACAUCAAGUUAAAGAAUACGCUUCGUUUUCUCCAAGCAAGACGAUUGGGCAGUCAUUGAGGAAAUCAUUCCGGUGCGUUCCGGAUAAACAGAAAAAUAACUUACCCAGAUUUCCGGAACAGCCUGAAAAAACUUUGAACCUUUCCCAUAUUGUGCCGCCUUCUCCAAUUCCAUCUCACAACGGUUUCCCGGAUGGUAAUUUCUCAGCUUUCGAUGGAACGGGUAGUUUGGACAGCAGAUCAACAGCAAGAAGCUUGGAUAGCGCUCGCGACGACGAGCAUCGUUUAAUCGCUAGAUACGCUGCAAAAUUAGCCGAAGAAGCCAGAUCCGGAAUGCCCCGAGGCGGUUACAGAAAACAUUCCCUGUCGCCGGAUACGGGCAGAGUACCUUCCGAAGCUUGCCUCGGUAUGGAUUCAACUAGGGCUCAAAGGGAGCUCAUCAACCAAUUAGAGGCUAAAAAUAGGGAAAUUAUGAGGGAAAUAGCCAGGUUGAGGCGUCAACAAGAGUUAGAAUCCAGCGGACACGGUGCUGAUAAUCCGGUAUUGAUGAACGAACUUAGAGCCCUCAGAAUGAGAAAAGACGAAUUGGAAACGCACCUAACUACGUUACAAGACUCCAGGAGGCAGCUCAUGAUGCAACUGGAAGGGUUGAUGAAAAUGUUGAAGAAUCAUCAAUCGUCUCCGCGUAGCACUCCAAAUUCGUCACCGCGUAGUACAAAAUCUCCACCUCUUCUACCGGGUGUUCAACCCACGACGCAACCGAAUCCUCGUAGCGCUCCCCAAACCCCCAUAGGUAUGCCACCUUGUACCAUGGCGAAUUCCGUACCGGCUGUUAGCCAAACUGUACAGAAUAACCAACAUCUACCACAUUCCCAAGGGAUAAUUAUGGGAAAUAGGGAACAAAUUAAUAGUUUACCCCAAGAAAGGGGAUAUAAUAACGAUUCUUUGACCGGAGUUGGGGGUGACGUCAGAAGUGCUUUUGGAGGUUCUUCGAAUAUUAAUUUAGGUAACGGAAAUGGUACUCCUGGAUCUGUAGGUCGUUCUUUAAGGAAUGAUCUAUUAGUAGCAGCAGAUUCCGUCACCAAUGCCAUGUCUACUUUAGUCAGAGAAUUAAAUUCAGAACCUUCUGCGCGUCCAGAAGCUAGCGCGAUCAGAAAACCCAUAGAUUUCGAAGAUGACGGCGACGAAGAAUCGGACGGAGGAUGGCAGCAAGAACUUCAGCGUCGUUACGCUCAGGAAGCGAAUUUCAUGGCGGAAUUACGUGCCCGUCAUCCGACUUCCCCACCGGAAAACAAUCAAAUGGUAGUACAGAAUUCGUACGGACAAUACAACCACGGACAGCCUUUCCAUAUGCAAGGAAUACAUUAUCCCCAAAAUUCGAACAUGAAUUCCACUUCCAAUUACGUUUUCCAUCAGAAUUUUUCGAACUUUAGUCAGUCCGGAAGUAAUUCCGGACAUUUCGGUAACCAGACAAAUAGACCGGACAAAUUAUUACACGCAGAAACAGCAAUGAAGAACGACGCACAAGAAUCAUUGGAAGAAAACGAAGAAAUUAAAAAUAAGGAAACCCUGCAAUUCGAAGAAGCUCUGAAACAGUGGGUGAAUCGGUAAAGUCCAUAAAACCGAAAUUCCUGUCAUCGACAUCGAUUAUCUAAUUAAUUAAAAAAAUAGCUAAUCCAACAACCCCCUACAAAUAUUCAUCUAUCGAUUUAAUAUUUUAUACAUUUAUUCAAGAAAUGUGAUUUUUUUUGAAAAAUUGAAAGUUUUAAAUUUUUUUGAUUUGUUCUGGAAGUAAGAAUUUUCUAAUAUUUGAAAAAAAACUACCAUUAUACCAAUUUAGGUUGUUGUACAUCAUUUUGGUACCUCAGUUUUUCAAAAUUUUGUUCCGAUAGACACUGAACUUCGAAAUAAGAAUGAAAUUUGCUUAUAGUCGGACCAAAUAUUUAACCUACCUAACGCUAUCUCUACUUGUAACGCUUUUCAUACCUUUUUAAUAAAUAAGAUGAAAUGACGAGGGAAGACGGAAAAAAAAUAAAUAAAGACACAGAAAUCAAUAAGUUGAACUUGUAAAACUGUGCGAGGAAAUUAUAUAAUAAUAUCUCUAUAGUCAUAGAAUUUGGUUAGUUCCUCAAGAACCUGAAUAAUUAGUGUAAAGACACGACGAAUUCAUUCGGAUUUGGUUGAAUAGAAGGAGAAUAGGAACAUCUCUCCGUUAAUGGGGAAGAAUGAUAUUCGUUGCUUAUUUCGUCUAACUUCGAAAUUUAUGAGAAAAAUGUUUUUUUUUUUCUUCGGAUUUCUUACAAAAACUCGAAAAAGUCUUUUUAUAAGAAAAAUAUGUUUUUUUUUUCUUUGGAUUCUUGCCAAAAUCUAGAAAAAGGUGGAUUUUGUUGAUAUGAAUCGAAAGUCUAUAGUUUAUUAGAUUUGGAGGUUAUCUUAUGAAAUAUUCCAGUUUCUUCAUUAAAAAUCUAUAUUUCAGUAUUUUUUAGUUUAACUUUGAAAUUUAAGACAAAAAUGUUUUUUUUUCUUCGGAUUCUUCCCAUAAUCUUCAAUAUGGUGGUUUUUAGUUUUAGUUUAUGUUUUUUCGCUUUGGAUUUUUUACAAAAUCCAUAAUAAGGUGCUUUUUGUUGUUUUAAAUCGACAACCUACAGUCUAUUUUGUAAAAGGUGAAUUUAGUUCAGAAAUAUAGCGUUUAAAAAAAAAAAGAUUCACUAGCGAUGUUGAUUUUGUUUGCGUGUAAUUUUGAAUAAUUGAAAAAAAAAUAUGGGAAACUGUAUAAAAGUUGUAAGAAAAAUCCUUUUUCUUUUUGAAAAAAUUGUCAUUUUUUUUAAUUGGAUCAAAACAAAUGUGAAAAAACAUUUUUCUUUGUGUAUUUUGUUGUACCAACUUCACCUACAUAAAAAUUGACACCUUUCAACCGAUUUUUUCUUCUCUUUGAAUAAUAACUUUCUGUUUUUACUAUUCUUCACGUGUCCGACCCACUUUUUUAUUGAAUUUGAAGGUUUCCUUGAAAAAAAUUCAAUUUUCUGCCAUUUUUCAAAAUUUGAUUGAAACACAUUUUUCUUAACGUAUUUUAUUGUACAAUCUCCAUCUACAUAAAACUUUUACCCUCCAACCAAUUUUCUCUUCUCUCCAUGUGUCUGAUCCACAUUUCCAUUCGAUUUUACCUUUCAUUCUCCAUUUUUUCUAUUUUUUCUAUCUUCUUGAUCUUCCCUGCUUUAUCAACCUCCAUUUUUUAUUGAAACACUUUCCUCUAUCAAGUUAUUUUUUUGUCUUUUUUCUUGCUUCAUCAUCCUCCAUUUUUACCAAUGUUUCUUCUCAAGUUGCCACUUCUUUCACCUUAUAUACGAUCAUUACUGAUUCUUAUCGUUCUUUAGUUUCUUUUGUGCAUUUUCUUUAACUAUCUCAUUCCUCACAAAUAUAUUGUUGUACCUAUCUUCGUUUUUAUCACUUUAACUAAUAUUAUCGAUAUUCCUUCUUCGUCUUUGUCUUUUGUACAUAAAUAUAUUCUUCUCUUUUAUAUAUUUCCCUUUCUAUCGGUGUUGUAUCUAUUCGUAUUAAAAACUCUUCUAACUUUUGUUUUCCAUGCUUCUUCGCAUCCUUUCUUUCGUUAUAUUUCAUUUCUUCUACUAUUUCAUCUUCUCGUUAUAUUUUUUUUUCGUUUUGUUUAUAUUUAUUGUACUUUCUACUUGUUCUUCGAUUAUUUCUUCAACUUCCUGUCUAUUUUGUCAUAGUAAAAUGUCAUUUUUGAUAAGACGAUGAAAUUAAAUUCCUAAUUAUGAAGGUUCUUCUAUAUAUAUUUACAUGUAUCAUAUACAUUGUGUAGCUAAAAAAAAUAUAUAUACAUAAAAUGUAAACGAUUUUCUUGUUAAUUUGUUAACGAAAAAAAUAGUCUAUUUGUUCGGUUCAACUGAUCUCGAUUCAACGUAUUAUCGAUCAUUUUUAAUUGUUAUUUCUUUGACUGAAAGUUUGAGUAGAACUAGUGACAGAAUUGUUGAAAGUUUUACAUGUUAUACAGUAGUUCUUUAUUGAACAAUAAAUAAUGUGGUUUUUGUUCCUGUAAAUAGAAUUUUCAUUCCCCUCUUUGAUCCUUUCCAAAAAAAAUAA